GAGUCGCGGGGUUGCGGAGGAGCGGCAGAGGGAGGUCGAACACUCUCGGUUUCGGUGGCCCGGAAGGGAGCCCCGUGGCAGAGGUGACCGGAGCUGAGGUACUGCCCCGAGAGUCCUGAGAAUCCCAGUUCUCGUGAUGGACGUCGGCACAGCGGGAUCUGGGUUGGCUGCUCCGGGCGGGAAGGCCGGGCUCGCCCUCUCUACAUCUCCCUCGGCAGGGAGAUGCUGAGUCAGCCGCUCGAGGACCCGCGUGGUCGCCCUAGCUGACCGGGAGAGGGUACCGUGGGGUGGUGCGUGGACGCGGAGGCUGCGGGCUAGCGCAUUUCAGAUCUGCUUAGUAAACCGGUAUAUCACCCACCAUGUUGGCUGCAAGGCUUGUGUGUCUCCGGACACUACCUUCCAGGGUUUUCCAGCCCACUUUCAUCACCAAGGCCUCUCCACUUGUGAAGAAUUCCAUCACAAAGAACCAAUGGCUCUUAACACCCAGCAGGGAAUAUGCUACCAAGACAAGAAUUAGGACUCACCGUGGGAAAACUGGCCAAGAACUGAAAGAGGCAGCCUUGGAGCCAUCACUGGAAAAAGUCUUUAAAAUUGACCAGAUGGGAAAGUGGUUUGUUGCGGGAGGAGCAGCUGUUGGUCUUGGAGCGCUGUGCUACUACGGCUUGGGAAUGUCUAAUGAGAUUGGAGCUAUCGAGAAGGCUGUAAUCUGGCCUCAGUAUGUAAAGGAUAGAAUUCAUUCUACUUACAUGUACUUAGCAGGAAGUAUUGGUUUAACAGCGUUGUCUGCCCUGGCAUUAGCCAGAUCACCUGCCCUCAUGAACUUCAUGAUGACAGGCUCUUGGAUGACAAUUGGUGCAACCUUCGCAGCCAUGAUUGGAGCUGGAAUGCUGGUCCAGUCAAUAUCGUAUGAGCAGAGCCCAGGCCCAAAGCAUCUGGCCUGGAUGCUGCAUUCUGGUGUGAUGGGUGCAGUCGUGGCUCCUCUGACAAUCUUAGGGGGGCCUCUUCUCCUGAGAGCUGCAUGGUACACCGCCGGUAUUGUGGGAGGCCUCUCUACUGUGGCCAUGUGUGCACCUAGUGAGAAGUUUCUGAACAUGGGAGCACCCCUGGGAGUGGGCCUGGGUCUUGUCUUUGCAUCUUCACUGGGGUCUAUGUUCCUUCCCCCUACCUCUGUGGCUGGUGCCACUCUGUACUCAGUGGCAAUGUAUGGUGGAUUAGUUCUUUUCAGCAUGUUCCUUCUGUAUGAUACUCAGAAAGUAGUCAAACGUGCAGAAAUAACACCCGCGUACGGAGCUCAGAAGUAUGAUCCCAUCAAUUCGAUGCUAACGAUCUACAUGGAUACAUUAAAUAUAUUUAUGCGAGUUGCAACUAUGCUAGCAACUGGAAGCAACAGAAAGAAAUGAAUGACGGCUGUGGUGCCUCUGCUCGCUGGUGUCCAGCUUGGUUAGUAGGAGCAGAUAGUCACUACAGUUCGCACCAUCAGAAUUCCUUGAGGUUUAGAAGAUAACCUGUCACCAUGUUUAAAAUGUCCAGUAACGUGACCCUUCAGGCCUGCUUUUUCUUUUAGAGAAUAAAUGCAAUAGAUGUCUUCCAAAUAA